AUGUACGCCACCCUCAAACCAGGCAGUAGAAGCAGCACAUCAUCCGAGAGCCUAGAUCUAUCGGACUACCACGACGAGCAGCUCAUAAAAGAUGAAGAGAGAGACAGAAACGAAGAGGGAGCGUGCUACAUCGACCGCCCUCUUCGGACCCGACGAUCAGCUGCCUCGUUCGUCCGAUGGCAGAGCCUCUGCCUCCACCUCCUGCUUGCCUCGCUCUACGGUGCGGUAUUCUUACUCGCCAUGUCGAAGACGAGACCGUCGACUCGGUGGGAGGAGGUACCGCGGAAGCAUUUGAUUGAAUCCCCCCUCCACGAAGCCAUUCAGAUGGAACGCAAAACCAUCUACGCCUCCAUUGAAAGCGAGAACCCGUUCAAGGGCGCCCCGUCCGAAGAACUCGACCACGCCUGGCACCAGUUGUUCAUCAACUCGAACAUCCGGGUCACGGCCGAGGAUCUGGCGAGGAUUAAUCGGACUUCGGUGCCGAUUCAUGAUGAAAAGGGGGGGUUCUAUGCUAUUCCUGGUACGUACAAAUUCCUCCGCCAGGUAGUCUACCAGAACUACUAUCAUAUCGGCAAACCCACUACGCCGGUGCAUAUCGAGCAUUGUAUCGACAACCUCCGCCAAAAUAUCAUGUGCAAGGCCGACGUCGCCCUCCUGACCUUCACCUGGGACCCCAACGACCGCGCCCCGAAGCCGAACUUCGUCGUCGAGCACGAGUGCGCCAACUGGGAGAUGAUGGAUAAUUGGGCGGAGGAGCAUGCCUUUGAUAUUUUUGAUGAGACGACGCUGGUGCAUCCUACCUUAGGGCCGUCGUUCCCCGAGAAGGAGUAUAAGGCUACCGGGAGGGUUCCGGGGCAUCCGGAUUUUCAUCCGAAUGAGUAUCAUGGGGAUGCAGGGCAGCAUCAUCGUGAGGGUUGA